AUCGACCGGUCCGCCAUGCGCGCCGAUUUCGAGGGCGACUCAAGCAGCUGCGCGCCCAGUCGCGGUCGCCAGAGUACCUCGACCUAUACUAUGUCUCCGCCUAUUGUCUCAAACAAAUGCAAUUACGUACAUACAUACAAGGGACCAACAUUUCGUCUGACCCGGACGCUUCCCGUCUAGUGCGCGUGCAGCAGGACAACCGUGAACAACUAUGCAUGCGGGCUGGGCCUGUACCUGUCAUGAAGGGGACAACCCUCCCGUACCACUUAUUAACUCAACACAUCUUGGCACUGCGCGGCGGUGCCGGCACAGACAAAUGCGUCAUCUGACGCGGCACGCGCCGUGCGUGCUGCGGCGCGGGCGGCGGUCCCGCCGCUGGCUCAUCUUUCAAGUCCAUGCUGUAGGCCUACCAGAAACACAACUUGACAGCGUUUGAAUGAAUUUAUGGAGGAAGGCGUUGCCCGGGGGGAGGAUUUGGACAGUGGCAGUCGUUUACGGUAUUUACGGUCGAUGCAUCGCACCGCCCUUAUAAGGGACUCCGAGACGCUUUCAAUGUUAUCUGUGCCCCUUGUGUCACAAGUUUGAAACAACAAAGAGAGAUAGCUGUGCAGACGCUGCCGAUCCUGCAAGUCUUCAUGAACUUGCUGGCAGCAACUGGCACACUGGCCUGCUUCCUUGUUGCAUCCAAACAGAAAUAGCUUGUAUUUACAAUAAUCAUACGUUACCUGUGUAGCAGUCAGCAACAUGGCGCUUCCGGACUCCCAAACGCCACAUUUGCGCUCGCAGCUACCUGGAUACACUUCAAUUGUUGCCGGGCACGUCGCGAAAGCCCCACGAGUGGCAUAUCUGGAGCUGGCGCGGCCGGCGAAGCAUAACUGCUUUCACGAGGCGCUCUGGGAGGAGUUCCCUAGGGCAGUCCGCGAGCUGGACCAGCACCAAGACACGCGCGUGAUCGUGGUGGCGGCCCAGGGCGCUAACUUCUGUGCCGGCAUAGACGUGGGCUACCUGCAGCGCAACUUCCUGGCAGUCACAGGGCCACUACUGCCCCCCCGGGCCGCAGCCGCGACAGCAGCACCCCCAGCAGGAGCGGCAGGGACAGCAGCAGCAGCAGCAGCAGCAGCAGCAGCAGCAGCAGCAGCAGCAGCAGCAGCAGCAGCAGCAGGAGCGGCAGGGGCACCAGGCGGGCCGCCGCCUCCGCCCUCGCAGUGUCCGGGCACGCAGCGGGCGGCCAUGCGCCGCAACAUCCUGGUGCUGCAGGCCGCCUACACGGCGCUGGAGGAGGCGGCCUGCCCCGUGCUGGCGGCGGUGCACGGCCGCUGCAUAGGCGGCGGUGUGGACCUGGUCACGGCCUGCGACGUGCGCCUGUGUAGCGCCGACGCCACGUUCUGCGUCAAGGAGGUGGACCUGGCCAUCCCUGCCGACCUGGGCACCCUGCAGCGCCUGCCGCACAUAGUGGGACACGCGGCGGCCAUGGACCUCGCGCUCACGGCGCGCACGGUGGGCGCGGCGGAGGCGCACCGCCUGGGCCUGGUCAGUAGCGUGGCGGCGCCGCCUGAAGGGGAGGACGAGAAGGCGGCGGCAGGCGGCGGCGGCGGCGGCGGCGACGGGCGGGCGGCGGUGCAGGCGGCGGCGUUGAAGCUGGCGGCGGCGAUUGCGGCCAAGCCGCGGCUGGCGGUGCAGGGGACCAAGCGGGUGCUGCUGCACAGCCGGGACAGCCCGCGUGUGUCGGGGGGGCUGGACUACGUGGCCACCUGGAACAGCGCGCAGCUGCUCAGCGACGACCUGGCGGCAGUGCUGGCUGCAGGCGCAGGGGGAGGAGCAGGGGGACGGGGAGCGGGAGCAGGAGCGGGGGGCGGCGCGGCGGGCAAGCAGGCGCGGAGCAAGCUGUGAGCGAGGGGGCCUCGAAGUGGGCUUGAGGCGGGCAGGGAGAGCGACAGGGGGAGCGGCAGGGGGAGCGGCAGGGAGCGGUCAGCAUCCACGUACUGGAAGCGAACCGGUCGGAGAGGGCUCCUGGGGUUGUGUGACCUAGGCGUGUGUGUGUGUGUGUGUGUGUGUGUGUGUGUGUGUGUGCGCGUCGCUACAACGUAAGGCAUGGUGGUACGGUGUGGCAAGUGGCAUGUAAAAUGACGGUGUCUGCUGGCACGGCUGCUGUUGCUGGGGUUGCGGCCGUACGCAUACCGUACAGGUAUGGUGUUGGCGAGCGAGGUGGGCGGGCCGGCACCGCGGGUCACUGCGCUGAGGAGGUGCGGAGGUGCUUGACGCAGGACGAGUUUGGAAGGCGUAGGCCAGGCAUCAACAGUAGUUUUACAGGAUUCGUUGGAUGUGGUCGACUUGUGACACAUCUUUCUUUGUGUUGCAGUUGUCCUGCUGGUGCUGCGAUAGCCCCAAGCACAGCCCUAAGUAUCCAUGCAGUUGUUGCUGCAGACUUUGUCAUACCCCUCGGGUGUCAUGCAUUCACGUAAGCAAUGCGCGCCUCCGGCUCUAUCUAAGCCGUCUCAGACCUUAUUGUCACUCUCAUCUCAUGCUCUCGGUCCUCAGUUCUUAAUGCCGCCCCGGAUGCUCAACACAAUGGUGCAUCGUAUCUAUGGGCUCACGGC